CCAAAUCUCCCAGCAAAUCAAAUCCUCCUCCAAAUCCCCCGCCCUCUUCUCCCCUCGCCGCCGGCUCGCCGUCCUCCGCCACCCACCAAAAGCCCGCGAUGGCCCGCACGAAGCAGACGGCGCGCAAGUCGACGGGCGGCAAGGCCCCGAGGAAGCAGCUGGCGACCAAGGCGGCGCGCAAGUCGGCCCCGGCCACCGGCGGCGUGAAGAAGCCCCACCGCUUCCGCCCCGGCACCGUCGCGCUCCGGGAGAUCCGCAAGUACCAGAAGAGCACGGAGUUGCUCAUCCGCAAGCUCCCCUUCCAGCGCCUCGUCCGGGAGAUCGCGCAGGACUUCAAGACCGACCUCCGCUUCCAGUCCUCCGCCGUCGCCGCGCUGCAGGAGGCCGCCGAGGCCUACCUCGUCGGGCUCUUCGAGGACACCAACCUCUGCGCCAUCCACGCCAAGCGCGUCACCAUCAUGCCCAAGGACAUCCAGCUCGCGCGCCGCAUCAGGGGCGAGAGGGCCUGAGCGACGCGAUCUGCCCCCAUGGUCGUCGCCGCUGUUGCUUCCUUCCUUUUGGUGUCUGCUUGUAGUUGUAGGAUCUGUGUUUCUCUUGGGUUCCUCCUGGUCGCUUGUUAUUAGUAUCGAUAUGGUUGUGUCAGUAGUGCUGGGAGCUGUUUUCGGUCGCUUGGUAAUCUUCUUGUUUAUCUUGCACUGAUGAUGCUGCUGCUGUAAUUUGAUAUGUUAUCUUAAUGGAAAUGAAAUGUGCUUCUCAAAUCUUCAA